GUUGUAUGCUCUGCGCGAGAAAAAAAAAUGCUUGUCGACGCGUGAGGUUGGUGCCAAGACAUCGCCAAAUAUUUAAUAACUAUUUAAAUACUCCAACCCAACAACCACCGAUCAGCGUCAGAAGCUCCAGUGCGAGAUGUGGAAACGUUUGAAGAUUGAAUAUCUAUGCAGUAGAGGAGUGAAGGAAUCUCUAUUCUUUAUUUGUCCGUUAUCUGUGUUUCAUCCUUCUUGUUGUUCGAAGAAAUACCUUAUAUAAAAAAACCACCACGAUCAUCACUUCAACUUUCAGAUACUCAAGUUCACCCGCUAGAUUAGUACAAGAUGACAGAUCGGGCAAAACGACGACGGCUCAAUCCGCCAAAAACCUUUGAGGCUUUGCCACUGCAGCCGUUAACAAAAGCUGAUAAAGCUCACUGGAACGGCUUCUGCGAGAUCGAAUCGGAGCCAGCUCUUUUUAAUGUUAUGCUACGGGACUUUGGUGUUAAGGGGGUUAAAGUGCAGGAGGUUGUGUCGCUAGAUGAUGAGAUGCUAGAGUUCCUCCACAAACCGGUCUAUGGGCUCAUAUUUCUCUUUCGGUGGAAGGAAGAUGACCCAGAUAAACAGGAGUCAAGUUGCCCAGAGGGCAUUUGGUUUGCGAAUCAGACAUCAAGCUACGCUUGCGCAAGUGUUGCGCUGCUGAACAUUAUCAACAAUGUCGAUGAGAUUGAACUAGGGGAAGAACUGCAGCAUUUCAAAGACUUCACGAUGUCGUUUACCCCAGCAUUGCGUGGGGACGCAAUCGGCAAUUUCGAAUUUGUUAAACGCGUCCACAACUCGUUUGCGAGAAAAAUGGACGUCCUCAACACCGACCUCCAGCUAAAGACUGAAGCUAUGAACCGAAAGUCCAAGGCGAAGAAAUUGAAAAAUCAGGAUUAUGAUGAUAGCGAAGCUGGCUUUCAUUUCAUCGGCUUCGUCCCAGCAAAAGGGAAGCUAUGGAAGUUUGAUGGGCUGGAGCGCCAGCCUCAAAAUUUAGGCGACUGCUCGGGUGAUAAGUGGUUGGAUCUAGCGAAGCCUGAAAUUCUUUCAAGGAUGGCAGAAUAUGAGGAGGGUCAGAUUGAGUUUUCGAUCCUGGGACUGGUUAAAGACCCUCUGAUCGAUUUGAAAGCACGGCUUGCUACAAACAUCAAGUGCAUCGCCACUAUAGACGAGCAGCUAUCUACUCUUGGCGCUUCCCCAUUGGAACUGGAUGACCCAGCAACGACCGUCGAUGGAAACGUUAACGGUAUUGGGCAUGAUCCGUUCCUCAAUAUCGCGCGGGAAGAGGUGGAGCGAGCUGACGUGCCGGAAGAUCUCAGAGCCAAAUACAUAUCCGCAACCCCAGAUGAGUUGGCAACGUAUCGAGAGGAGCUCGUCAUUGCUCAAAAGGAUACACGAAUAAUGAUCAGUGAAGAGGAACAAUCUCAUCGAGCCGAUGAGGACUACGCGGCGGCCAGAAGACAUGAUUACGGCCCUGCUGUGCACACCUGGGUGAGUCUUCUUGCACGCAAGAAGGUCAUUGAAGGGUUAGUUGAGGAAAUACUGGCGUAUUGAAUUAUUGGGGUAUGGCAGUUCGUUGAAAUAUUAAUUUUGUAUUAUAUAUAAGGAAUGAUAUUUGUGCACCCAGUAUUUUACCGUUUUAUGAAGCACAUGAU